AAAUCCUUUGCUGCCCGCCCUUGGAUCUCCUAGUCUAGUUGAUCAAAUGCUAAUGUGUUGUCUGUACAGUAACAGUUGCAGAGGGGAAUCUCAUCAUGUCUCCCUGACUCUCUGGACUACAAUCUCAGCCACAACUGAGCCAGAAACAAACAGGAAGAGCUGGUAUUCACUGGGAUAUCAGUUCCUGCAGGACCUUUUCUUGGAUUUUCUUGGAGUGUUUCCUGUUACGCUUUUUUCUCUUUUUCCUGUUUCAUUGGCUUCCUGCCUUAAACGACAGUCGCAAUGACUCCAGAGAAUCCUAAACUGCAGAGAUGUUUGCAAAACCGUCGCUCGACUAUCAACUGUCUGUCAAAGGGUGUAGAGGACAACAAAACAUUCCCAUUUUCUCAGGAGAAAACAGUGAAAGCAUGGACAUCUCUGGAGUAUCUGGAAAGUCCUGACAUCAAAGCAGAGGAAAGAUCCAAAGAGCCACAGAGAAUCAGUGUUAAUAUUGGUGGGAAAGUGUUUCAUAUCCCCAAUCAGUGUGCCAUUAAAUAUCCUCACACCCGGAUAGGUUCAUUGGCCCUCUGCAGGGACCGAGCAAAACUCCUCACGCUGUGCGACGAUUACUCUGUACGCAAGAAAGAGUUCUUCUUUGACCGUGACCCUGCCUUCUUCCACCACAUCUGCCAUUUCUACACAAGCGGAGUGCUGUGGGUCACACUGGAAAUGUGCCCCAUCAACUUCGAGGAGGAGAUCAAAUACUGGGGCCUGAGCCUGAAGGACACCCAGCGCUGCUGCUGCAUAAUGUUCGAGGAGAAGGUGGACGAGGUCAAGGACUACCUGAAGGUGGAGAGGGAGCUGUUGGCUGAGAUAGAGGUGGAGUAUGACGACGAGUUUUUCAAGGACAUGGUUUUUGGGAAUAUGCGUAAGACUCUGUGGGACAUUGUGGAAAAUCCGUACUCUUCAACUCUAGCGAAGGCUUUCACUGUGCUCUCCAACCUUUUUCUGUUCUUCUCCAUCGUCGCAAUGAGUCUCAACACUGUUGAGGAACUUGAAGAUUAUAAAAUCAACGGAAAGACAUACAUGGAAUGGGUGGAGAUCAUCACCAUUGUGUUCUUUACCUUUGAAUAUUUCAUUCGCCUUGUAACCACUCCUAACAUCACAAUGUUUUUGAAGAGUGGACUCAACUUUGUGGACAUGGUGGCGGUCAUGCCUUAUUUCGUCCAGAUUAUCUUUGAAACCUUUACUGACACUGAGAACUUAAAUGCACAGGAAGAUCUCAGGACCAUGGCGCGGGUCAGCAAGCUCAGCCACGUACUUAAAGUCAUCAAACUGCUGCGAAUCUUUCGGAUUUUGAAGCUGGCUCGACAGUCCACCGGCAUGAGAGCGUUUGGGUUUACGCUGCGGCAGUGUUACCAGCAGGCCUCUUGCAUUUUACUCUUCAUUGUCAUGGGAAUCUUUACUUUCUCUGCCCUCCUUCAUUCGGCCGAGAGGGAAACUGAAGGAUCUCCUAUCAGCAGUAUCCCAGAUGCCUGGUGGUGGGCUGCAGUCAGCAUCUCCACUGUGGGCUACGGGGAUGUGGUUCCUGUAACUGUUGUGGGCCGCAUUGUGGCCUUUGGCUGCAUCUCAUUUGGCAUCAUCCUCAACGGCAUGCCAAUCUCUUUCCUCUUUAACAAGUUCUCUGAUUACUAUGCCAAGCUAAAAGCAGGGGAGUACAACAUUAACUCAGUGCAGCGGCGCUUUCAGCUCAAGAAGCGCCUCCGACACAGAAUAAGCAUGUGUUUACAUCACUCAGAGGAAGACAAUAGUACAGACAGCCGCUUCGAGUGCCCACACUGAGUAAAACUUAAAAACAAAAAAAAAGAUGGGAGUGGUGGUGUUGCUUAGUAAACAUAAAAGUUCUCAAGUUUAACACGCGUGACAUGUGUUAGAUACAGAUAAAAAAUAAUCUGACAGCAAGUGCAAAGAAUGUGGGUGAGAAAGAGAAGAGGAAGUCAAAGUCAUGUUUGGUUGUUUUUUUUUGCACAGAUGCAGUUUUACUUUCAUUUAUGACCACCACACUGGUAACGACCCACUCCAUCAAACAGAUAGUUGAGAACCACAGAAGAAAGAUUUGGAGGAACUGAUGUUGACUUUAAGCCAUUUUAUUUGCAUGUCAAAAAGUUUCUAUUCAAAUAACUUAUGGUUUUUAAAAAAGAAAAAAGAAAAAAGGAUGAGUGUGAGGAAUAGGGCCCCAAAUUUGUAAUACACACUGACUCUUAACUCAACUUGGCCCUAAAACUUGCAAAUUGUAAACGUUGAGUGCCUGUAAAUGAUAGAAACACUUCACCGAAGUUAAUGUUUCAAGUGUUCAGGUGUUAAAACUGUAAACAUCUGUAUGGUGUACACUCAUGUUUCCUAUCAAUGUCAUAUAUGUUAAGUGAUCACUCUUUGUCAUAUGAAUAAUUAAAGCAUGUCACAAGUUGCAGGGAAUGGAGGACCCAAAUGCAGAGAGAAGGAGGAAGUUUGUUGCUUGAGGAUUUAUUUCACCAAAAAAAAUGAAGUGCAUACCAAAAGAGUCGAGAAAGUAAUAGGCAAAAACUAAGUCCAGAACAACAGAACAGGAUCUCAAAACUGGAACUCAGAGACAAAAGGUAGACUCCAUGCAAAAACACAGCAACAGAAUACACAGCAACAGAAUACAAAGAACCAACAAGAGACAAAGACAGAACAGAGACUAAAUAGACCAGGUAACAAGGACUAACAAGGGACAGGUGACACUAGGCUUGACAACAGGUGAAACACAUAAGACAAUCACAAGGGUGGGAAACUAAAGACAGGAAGUAAAACUAGACAAGACAAGGGAGAAAACAGAUUUCCAAAUAAAACAGGAAACAGAACAUAACAGAAACUCACAAUCAUGACAAAGCAGACUGAUGAAUUGCAAUAAAUCACUGGUGGGUAUGUAACUGUAAACAACUGUCAGUGUGUAAAGACUCUUCAUUAUUACAGUUCAAUACAGAUACCAACAGACAAAUGUGGAGAUGAAACAUGACAUUUUAUGUCAAUUUAAUAUGUAUUCCUAAUUGUACUACUACAGUAAAUAAAUACUGUGAAAGUGGCUAUA